AGAAAGCGGCGAAAACACGCGAUGUUUGGAAAGACACCAAUGCAUCUGUUGUAAACGUUAGAGUUAGCAAACUGUUUAGUUUUCAGUGGUCUUCUUUUGCCGGGCGCUACAGCUAGAUAACAUUGUUACCUAUAUCCUGGUCCAACGUGGGAUUUUAUUUGCUAAAACAGUGAAGAUGCAGCCUGCAACAGCUAAGUGGUAUGACAGGAGGGACUCUGUUUUUGUAGAGUUCUGCGUGGAGGACAGUAAAGAUGUGCACGUAAAUUUCGACCGGUCCAAAAUGGAUUUCAGCUGUGUCAGUGGAACAGAUAAUAUCAAGCAGCAGAAUACAGUGGAACUUUUUGGGGAGAUCGACCCCAAAGAAUCCAAACACAGACGCACUGACAGGUCUGUGUUGUGUUGUUUACGAAAAGCAGAAACUGGAAAGUCAUGGCCACGACUCACCAAAGACAAGACAAAGUGCAACUGGCUGAGUGUGGAUUUCAACAAUUGGAAAGACUGGGAAGAUGACUCAGAUGAGGACUUGUCAAGUUUUGACAAAUUCUCAGAGAUGAUGAACAGCAUGGGAGGGGAUGAUCUACCUGAUUUAGAUGGUGCAGACGAUGAGCAUGAUUCUGCAGACAGUGACGAUGAAAAAAUGCCCGACCUUGAAUAGAUGAAUCCAGAAGCCACCCCAGUAGUAAACAAAGCGAGUUAUAAGUCGGUUGAAGAGAGAGACUGGGCAUGAGUUGGCAGCCAUGUUGGAGAAGAAACCUCAUCUCUCUACGCAGUUUCCAAAGCGAAACCCCUCAAGGGAGUGACAGGGAGUGACUGUUGGAUACAGACAUGCACAGAGAUCCAUAGCGACAUACAGUGCUGUGCUUUGCUGUUCUGUUCUGCAUGGACGAUUCUGUUCAAAUGAAAAUGUUACUGUUCAUUGACUAAUGGGAUGUGCUGAUGUCUUACACCUUCUCUCUCUGUUUUUUUUUUUCUUUUUUUUUUUUUUUUGCGAUGUCAGGUUAUGUAUUCAACAUUGUGAUUUCUAAUGAAAAAACAAACUCAGAAAUGCCUAUUUUCCAAAAAAGUAGAUUUUUUUAAUGGCAGAUUUUUCCCCUUUAAUGUUUGUAUUGUAAAUUGCACUUAUGUUUGUUAAUUUAAAAAGCAGGAGUUCCGCUUGAAAUGGGUUUUCCAAUCUAUGCCAACAUCUGCAAAUAUUUAACAAUAAUUUCGAUUUUUAAACAUUUCAGCAUUUAAAAUAAACGGAUAUGCUUGUGCAACUUACAGCUUGUGUUGAGAUUAUGGUAGUAGAGUGGUACUAAACUUUGCAUAUAGUUACACCUUGCAAAGGUGAGUUUGUGUCUCUAUGCCAGUACAAAACAUUGCACAUUGUAGCAGGGUACACAAGUUAAUUUUCUUCCAUAUGCAUACUGCGGUGAAAGCAGAAAUCCUAUGUAGUCUACCAAGAGUUUCCCAAGUAGUGUAAAACGGUACACGGUUUGUUAAUCACAUACAAUAGAACUAUGCUUUGGAGGCUUGUGUGUUUGAUUCAGUAUGUGUUGAACACAUUUGCAUUUGUCUUAUGCUGUGGGAGUUUGGGUAUAAAUUUCUAAUAAACUGUUUAAGACUGUUCAAUACAAGGCCUUACUAUUGAAACAUUGCUUUCAAUAAAGUUAAACUCAUUAAUGAAGUUUAGAGAUAAGAUUAACUCUGGAAGGGUUGAUUAUUCACUAUUGUGGGAAUGUAGUCUCAGUAUCAAACAAUGUUUAAAAGACUACUCUGUCUUUAAACACCAUUAACAUGCCUAUGUGUACAUUCAAUAAAAAUAUUGGUCAUUUUAAUUGCA